UAUACUCUGUUUUCUGCCAAUCAGCACACAAGUGCACAAUAAAGACGGACUCAUCAGCAGCAUGGCUGUCAGUAUAUAUUUGAAGCUUGGACGAUGCGUUUCCUCUCGUCACGUUGUUUUUUUUUGUUUGUGCAUUUUGACGAAAAUGUUAUCGUGUAUGAAUUUCAGUGGUUUAAAAUAUGGAAAGAUUUUGGUGCAGUGACGUGAUAUGUGUCUUUUUACACAAGGUGGAAAUAUAGACAGCUUGCCGUUUUAUUGAUUCAACAUUAUGACGUCACGGCUAGAUCGGUUGUUCGUGUUGCUGGAGGCGGGUGCCGGUGCCGCUACACGGCGGGCUGCAUCCCGACAGCUCGGCGAGGUGCAGAAAGCCCGGCCUGAGGAGCUCCACCGUUUGCUCGCUCGUCUUAUGAAGCACCUGCGCUCGCCUGCCUGGGAGACGAGGAUUGCGGCCACGCAGGCCGUUGGAGCGAUAUUGUCCAAUGUUCCGGAAUGGCAUCCACCCCUCGUCACCGUUGCCAAAGAAGAGGAAACUGAACAAGAUGACAACGGGCGACUGCGUUGCGAAACGUUUGACAUAGAACGUGUCCUCGAACAUGGCGCCCACCUCAUGGGCUCCGAGGGACAUGAAUAUGACAUAGACGAAGAAUCGCUGUCUGCUGCAGACAUGAAGGAGAGCUUGGCGAAGCAGAGGCAGCAACUCAACGCACGGUUAGGUUUAGAUGUGGCGUGUUCAUUGGGAGUGGAUUUGAGUGGGAUGUACACCAACGAAGACCUGUGUCCUGUGAAGACUCCCACGAAGAUUGAAGUGACAACAAGGCGACCGGUACAGGAGCUAGUCGCCUGCAAAGGCCUGAGUUCGCGUGAAAUGAACCUCGCGAAGCGUCGCGCGCGCGCAGCCUUCAGUAAGCAGAAGUCACGUGACUGUGACGACGGCGCCUCGACCGCUCCCCUCACCCCCAUUACCCCCACCGCUCCCGCGCCAACUUCCCCUCUCGAACCCGAGCGCAAGAAGAUGAAGAUCGAGCACGUCGAUGAAUCUCUCUGUGAAGUCGCAUGUGCGGUCCCGCGUCACGACGGCUCGUGGGGAGAAGGGGUGCGCUGGCCGCUGGAGGCGUGGUGCGGCGCGCUGCAGGCGCAGCUGUUCAGCGCCGCCUGGGAGGCGAGGCACGGGGCCGCCGGCGCGCUGCGGGAGCUGCUGCGAGCCAAGAUAGCGGCCUCCGCGGGGCAGCGGGCCGGCAUGACCGCGCAGCAGAUGGAGGACGCUCAUCAGGAGUGGCUGGAGGAUAUGUCGCUGCGGUUGCUCUGCGUGCUCGCAUUGGACAGAUUCGGCGACUUCGUAUCGGAUCAGGUGGUGGCGCCGGUGCGCGAGACGUGCGCGCAGACGCUGGGCGUGGCGCUGGCGCAGCUGCGGGCGGAGCGCGUGCGGCUGGUGGCGGAGCGCGCGGCGGCGCUGGCGCGGCAGCCGCAGUGGGAGGCCCGCCACGGCGCGCUGCUGGCCUUCAAGUACCUGCUGGCCGCGCGCCAGCAGCUGGCCGUGGAGUGCGGCGCGCUGGAGCUGCUGACGGCGGGGCUGGAGGACGGCGCGGACGACGUGUCGGGCGCGGCGGCGGGCGCGCUGGCGCCGGCGGCCACGGCGCUGGCGGCGGCGCGGCCCGAGCGCCUGGCGCGCCUGGCCGCCCGCCUGUGGCGCCUGCUGCGCGACCAGGACGACCUGGCGGCGCCCGCGCACGCCUACAUGGCGCUGCUGGCCGAGCUCUUGGCGCUGCCGGCCGCCGCCUCCGAGCUGCACCCUAUCGAUCUAUCUGACGUUCUGCCGAGACUCUGGCCGUACCUAGAUCACACGACCAGCUCCGUGCGGAAGGCGACGCUGCAAACUCUGCGUACUCUCACGCGACCCCUCGUAACGACUGGCACGAAUGGUCAGACCAAUGGCAACGAGGACAGCUGUGAAACCAAUUGUGACGCGAAAAACACAAAUUGUGAAAACGCAGGUCACGGCACAAAGGACACGAGUGAAGUGAAGUGUGACAAUGAUGAAAACGGUCAGUACCUCAACUGGACGCCAGAGUUGUUGCAAGAGGCUAUGAGGUACAUAUAUCAGAGGGUGCUGUUCGAGCAUGUACAUGAAAUACAAGAGAUUGCUGUGCAGGUGUGGGAGAACAUCCUGCGGCACGCGGCGCUGGGCACGGUGCUGGUGGCCACGUGCCCGCUGCUGGCGCUGUGGCUGUGUCUCGCCAUGCAGCCCGCGCGCCUGCCGCUGGAGCCCGCGCUGCUGCUGCACCCGCCGCCCAAGGAGCGACGAGCGCGCGCGACCAGCGGCGGCGAGCCCGUGGGGGGCGACGCGGGGGGCGACGCGGGGGAGGCCGGGCUGCGCGCCGGACAGAAGUGGUUCCUGGGCGGGGGGGAGAGCCAGCCCGCCGCGCUGCGGGACGCCAACGUGACGCGCGCGCGCUGUCUCGCCGCGGAGAUGCUGGGUUAUCUAUCCUGCUAUCUCGUCCAGCCGGCCCCCGGCAUCGAAUAUAAGGCAGAGGAUGAAAGUCCUAUCGAUUGUUAUGUGAAGGUGAUGGUGGUGUACCUGCGCUCGGGCAGCGCGCUGCAGCGGCUGGUGGCGGGGCUCGUGGUGGCGGCGUGGGCGCGGCGCGGCGCCACCCACGAGCGCUACCCGACCGACCCGCAGGAUGAGAACAAUAUGAAUGAAAAACAAAACGAUAUAUCGAAGCUGAAGUCACCACUCCUAGUCACAACUCUUCACACUGCUUUAAAUCAAAACCUGUAUUACGACGAAGUUGCCUUAAACUGUAAUCGGAUACUGCAAGAGACGCGUGAUUUAUUGGCAAUGAUGAAGCAUUACAAGCUGCCCGUCGAAAACGAAGAAUUCAACAAUAUCAUAAGGCUUGAGCAGGUGUCGGCGAUGACUGCGAUGACGCAGCCGCUGGUGGCGGCGCUGAAGACGAAGCGCGUGGCCAGCUCGCUGGAGGAGAGGCGAGCCGCGCUGGCCGCCAGCGUCGCCGCCUGCUGCCGCGACCAGGCCGCGCUCAACGUGUCCGUGCAGGCGGCGCUGGCCAGCGCGGCGGCGCACCUGGGCGCGCUGCCCGAGCGCCUCAACCCGGUGGUGCGGCCGCUCAUGGACAGCGUGAAGCGCGAGUGCUCCGAGGAGCUGCAGCGGGGCUCGGCGCGCACGCUGGCGGCGCUGCUGGCGCAGCUCGUGCGCAGGGAGCCCUGCCCCAACAACAAGGUGCUCGUCAACCUGAAGGCCUUCCUCAGAUGUGAUCCUGAGUUUACACCCCGCAUAUCACUCGACCACACGGAGGAUGCAAACGGUGACUCGGGUAGUGGCGAUAGCGGCGGCGAAAGCAAGACCGAUGUGCAUUCUAGUCAUGGACCCGCAUUGGAUAAGUAUAAUGGUAUCCUCACACUGCGAGAGCAACAACGCAACGCCGAACGAGUAGUGCCGCGUCGCGGACGUCCGCCCGCCGCGCACAACGCGCACAACGCGCACAACGCGCACAAUACACAUAGCGAACUGGGACUCGAACAGCUACUGCCGCAUGAAGAUGAGGCUCGGAAGCUACUCAGAAUACAGAGACGGGGGGCCACAAUGGCUCUUACUAGUCUAACUGAAUAUUUUGGCGAGGAACUCCCGGAGAAAUUGCCUAAACUAUGGGAAUUCAUCACGCAACCAUUCGAGAAAGUUAUGACCGAUGCCGAAUUGGAGAAUUUAGAAGAGGACGCCGGCGAGGAGUUGGUGUCGCGCCUGCAGGUAGUGGAGGCGGUGAGCGGCCACGUGUGCGGCGCGCUGUGGGCGCGCGUGGCGGGCGGCGCGCGCGCGUGCGGGGCGCUCGCCCGCGCGCGGCACACGGCGCUGCGGCACAUGGCGGCGCGCGCGCUGGCCGCGCUCGCCGCGCGCGACCCGCACGCCGUCAUGCAGGCCGUCGUCGGCGAGGUGAUCGAGGCGCUGUCGGACGUGCGCAGCGAGCGCGUGCGGUGCGGCGCGGCGGAGGCGCUGGCGCGCGCGGUGGACGCGCUGCAGCUGCAGCUCGUGCCCUACAUCGCGCUGCUCGUCGUGCCGCUGCUAGGACGUAUGAGCGAUCACAACGAGGCGGUCCGUAUGAUGUCGACCCGUUGCUUUGCUACAUUAAUUCAACUCAUGCCGCUCGACGGCGCCAUUCCGGAACCCGCGGGCCUCUCGCAGGAACUUCGAGAAAGACGACAGCGGGACAAACAUUUUCUAGAACAGCUUUUCAAUCCUAAGUUCAUCAAGGACUACAAAAUACCUGUACCUGUAUCCGCUGAACUGAGAAGCUAUCAACAGGCGGGAGUGAACUGGCUGCGGUUCCUGAACGAGUACAAGCUGCACGGCGUGCUGUGCGACGACAUGGGGCUGGGCAAGACGCUGCAGUCCAUCGUGGUGGUGGCGGGCUCGCACCACGAGCGCGACGCGCGCGCGCUGCCCGCGCUGCCCUCGCUCGUCGUGUGCCCGCCCACGCUCACCGGUCAUUGGGUUUUCGAAGUUAACAAAUUUAUACCAUCCAAAUAUCUGAAGCCUCUUCAAUACGUCGGACCUCCCGUGGAGCGAGAACGGUUACGGAGUCACGUACAAUUCUACAACCUCAUCGUAGCCUCCUACGACAUCGUGCGGAAGGAUAUUGAAUUCUUUAGCAGUAUUAGAUGGAAUUACUGCAUACUGGACGAGGGUCACGUGAUCAAGAACGGAAAAACUAAAGCGUUUAAAGCGAUAAAGCAGCUGGUGGCAAACCAUCGGCUGAUCCUGUCAGGAACACCUAUUCAGAACAACGUGCUGGAGCUGUGGUCGCUGUUCGACUUCCUGAUGCCCGGGCUGCUGGGCACGGAGCGCCAGUUCACCGCGCGCUACUCGCGGCCCAUCCUCGCCGCCCGCGACCCGCGCGCCUCGCCGCACCACCUGCAGGCCGGCGCGCUCGCCUGCGAGGCGCUGCACCGCCAGGUCCUCCCGUUCCUAUUGCGACGUGUGAAGGAAGACGUGCUACGGGAGCUUCCGCCGAAGAUUACUCAAGACUACUACUGCGACCUGAGCCCGCUGCAGCGCCGGCUCUAUGAGCACUUCUCGCGCGAGCACAUGCCGCAGGAUAUAUCGAACACCUCCGCCCACACUCACGUCUUCCAGGCGCUUCACUACCUGCAGAACGUAUGCAACCACCCGAAACUGGUGCUGAUGGCGGAGCACCCAGAGGCGACACGCGUGGCGCGACAGCUUGCCGCGCAGGGCUCCUCGCUCGACGACAUCGAGCACGGUGCCAAGCUACCAGCACUAAAACAACUACUGCUUGACUGCGGUAUUGGCACUUCGGCGACUGUCGGUGAGUCUGGCGCGGUCGUGUCACAGCACCGAGCGCUGAUCUUCUGCCAGCUAAAGAAGAUGCUUAACAUCGUGGAGCACGACUUGCUGCAGAAGCACCUGCCGGCCGUCACGUAUCUUCGGCUGGACGGCAGCGUGCCCCCACACCAGCGACACGCUAUCGUUACGCGCUUCAACACGGACGUGUCGAUUGACGUCCUACUCUUGACUACCGCUGUGGGUGGACUAGGUCUUAACCUCACCGGUGCGGAUACCGUUAUUUUCGUGGAGCACGACUGGAAUCCCAUGAAGGAUCUUCAAGCCAUGGACCGAGCUCAUCGUAUCGGACAGAAACGAGUCGUCAAUGUGUACCGACUGAUCACUAGGGAUACACUCGAGGAAAAGAUCAUGGGACUACAGAAAUUCAAACUAAUGACAGCAAACACAGUGAUAAGUAGCGAAAAUGCAGCAAUGGAAACGAUGGGCACAGAUCAGCUGCUGGAUCUUUUCCAACUAUCCAGUGGCUCCUCGUCUUCCACGUCGCAGACCCCCAUGCCAGGUGCCAAGUCACUCAUAGAAACUCUUCCAGACCUUUGGGACGAUAAACAGUAUGAAGAAGAGUAUGAUAUGACUAAUUUUGUCAAGAAUCUGAAAACAAUGUAAGCAUAAACUUACGUAAAUAUGAGCAAAGAAAUUAUUUAAAUAGAUUGUAUGAUGUGUAAUGGCCAGUGAGGUACAAUAACGAAUAGGUUUAUAAGAUGAAUAAUUUAUUUUAAAAAAAUUUGUAUGUUUGUAUAAAAAUAAACUAUUUAAAUUAGGCUGAUAAAAAAAUGAGUAAAGGCUUCUUGUGGCUUUUAAACAGUUAAUCGCAAUUGGUUAUUAAGAGAUUUGCUCAAGAUACUACACAUUAAAUAUUAAAGCUUUCCUUUGUACAUUAUAUGCGUAAAUAAAUAUAAGCUAUAGGCAAUUCCAAUAGUAAGAGGAGGAAAUGUUAACUAAACUUUGAAAUAUGUAUACAAAGUAUUUUCUACUUCUAUUUUUAACAAAAUACAAUUACGAUUAACAAUAUAAUUCAUUAAAUUUACAUGAAUGUCUCAAAAGCAAUUUUAUCCAUUUCAAGACACAUUUUAUAUAUUUAUUAGAACAUAUAAUAUCAUCAUGACCGAGAAUGUUUGUAAAAUAAAUGAUGAAUGAAUUUACUUUAAUUUAAAUUUACUUUAGUUUUGUGAUAGUUAAAUUUUGGACACAAAAAUCUCUGGUGUUAUGUAAUAUAUAACACAUUUGUAUAUAUUAUCAGAAAAUUUCGUCACAUGUUGUCCCUCCAUGAAGUGGUCCCCAUGUCGAGCUUUCCGUUGGAUUUGCAAACAAUUUCGUGUAAUUCUUCUAGUGCUCGUCAUUGACAUUACUUAUAACUCUCUCUGUUUCUCGAUGUGCUCAAAAAAUUCGGCAUCAAAAGUGUGAAUUCUCCUUCCGCUGAAACAAGCCACUGACACAACUUGAUUGUAGACCCCUGACAGUAGACCGGUUUGGUUAGCACACGAGAUCUUAGAAUAGUACUUUAUCUUGAACCUUAGAACCUUAGAACCUUGUUGCCUAAAGAAGCCAUCCAGUGCUUCCCUAUCAAACCACCUCGCAACGUCGCUGAUGGCUUCGAGAACAGAAAGGUCUUUGUAUGUUCUGAAGAUGAUAUGAAAAACAAUCUGUGAGGCUCUUUCCUCCUCCAUCUGACCGGCGAUAGUAAAUUGUUUACCCAUAAAGGAAGCUCCUUUAUAGGUAUACCAUCCACCAGCGCCUGUCGAACUAAAGAAGAACCUACCUAAGGAAUUUUGUUAGGGUCUUUAUGUGCUACCCAUACUGCAGAGAAAAUUGUGAUUGGAAAGAAGAUCCUUUUCGCUUGUCGUGAGGUUGUGAUAAGUAAUAUUUGUGCCACUAGAAUGAUUAGCAUUGAUAUCUCAGAGGGUUGCUUUGCGAUUUAAGUGAGCUCUAUUACGUCAUCUGUGCAAGGUAUAUGAGCCAUGACCCUCUUUACCGCUGACGUUUACUUCUUCCUAUAAAUCCCCUCGCUACGUAACAUGCACAACCAGGCCGUCAUUGGUCCGAGACUCUGAACGAUGGAAGAUGAAGAUCUUCGCCAGAGAGAAGUCUCUGGCGGAAAUGUGGCCCCUUCUAAAAGAAGAUGAUGAGCACCUGACAAUCCGUAUUUGGAGACAGGAAAGCUCUUAUGUUCGCCAUCCACCUUAGUAAUGGGCAUGUUAUUAUGACCAAGCCUGAAUUAAUUGGUCCUUAAUGAGAAUGCUGGAAACAUAUCCAAGUAUGGUCCCAUGGACCCGUACCAGUUUUCUUUAUCGUUAAUUCCAAACUCCUUAAAUACCAAACCAUUGCUUGCGGCAAAUUAUUUCCACAUAGAGACUAGUCGAUCGGCCAUUUAUUAAUAAAAAGAAAAAAUAAAAUUAUAUUUGGCAUUAUAUCAUUUGAUAUUGAACAUAUUUUAAUUAAAAUAAUUCCUAAGCAACUUAUUCAAUACUUUCUUUACUAUUUAAAACUUAAAUGUGAUAUUCAUUCAUUUUGUUACUUUACUUUCUCUCUAUUGGAUUUGCUAAAAGCAUUAUUAUAGUUAAAUAUUACAUCUUAAAUAAAAUUGUAUUAUUUUUUAUUGAAAAACAGUAUGUGCAAUGUUAUAAAAAGAAAUAAAUUCUUUCAUACCAAAUGAUCCUUUAUUAUAUGAGCAGCAACUAGAGCUAUAGUUUUACAAUAUGAACUUUAAAAUUAUUAUAGAGGCUGAUACUGUGAUUUAAACAAAAUACUGUGAAAAUAUUAUAUUUUUUUGAAUGCAUCAUAUUUGCUUCUUGUAAAUUUUAUGUAUUUUUUAUUAAUCUUUCCAUAUGCUUAUAAUACCAUAUCAAUCAAUAUGACAAAAUUACUAUGAAAUGAGUGGCUUAUAAAUAUUUUUUGAGAAGAAUUUGAUUGCAAAGAAUUAAAUUGGAGACAUAAUUUUUUCUUGUUUAAAAGUUGGUAAACACGAGUACUGUAUGCACUCAAUAUUUAAUUAUUAUCAAUUAAAAUUAUUGUGGUAGCAAUAACAAAAAGUUUUCUUAUUUCCGUAAUAAUUUUAAGUAAUGUAAUAAAUUAUUAUGUUAAAAAUAGCCUUGUUUAAAUAUAUAUGUUGUAACAAGAGUUCAAAUUGUUAUAAUGUCUAAUGCAGCAACUGUAGGGCACGGCCCCUACGGAGCGAAGCGCAGCGCAGCUUAAGGUUUUUACUCUCCAUCAAUUAACAAUUUUGCGUAUGUUAAAAUAAACUGUUUUUAUGAGUACCUGCGCUCCUAAUUAAUAAUCUGUACUGUGCGGCGCGUGUGAAAUCUGCUCAACCUUUCCCUACCUCGCACAUCGUACAUGUGCACCGACCCUUAGAAUAAAAUAUACUUGCUGUCGUUUUAAAUUGUCUAUGCUCACUGCUAAAUUAUUCCCAGUGUACAUUUUUAUAAUCAAAUUAUAAAUAUGUCUAUUUUACUUUACUGAGUUCUAAAACUAAACGAUAGAUAAGUUAGUAGUAACGAAACCAAAAUAAAAUAUGUUAGAUAGUAUAUUAGUCUUGUUAUGCCUCACUGACCCCUUUUGUAUAUCUCAAACAAAUUACAUAUUCAACAUUGCAUGUAAUAAAUCUUAUAGUUUUAUGUAAGUUCCUUUAUAAUAUACCUCAAUAUUUCUUUCUCUAAUACAAAAUUGUUUUAUUUAUUAUAAUAUUUAGCAUGUUAAGAUGGAGUCAACAUCGCUUAGUCAUUUUCGUAGUUCUAGUUAAUAUCUACAGUGGAUUUGUGAUGUUUUCUUUAAAUAUUUUAUUUCAUGAUUUUGCUAUUUAGUACCUGCUCAACAAUACGACGAAAUACGUACUAUUUUUCUGUCAAUUAAGAAGCACUGACUAUUUAUUUAUCGAUUGCCAUCCGAAUUGCAAUAGGAUAAGAUUUGAACUGCCGUUUUAAAAUUCAUAAGAAAUUUGUUUCGCGUUAUUUAUGUCAUGUGAAGUAGAUUAAUGUUUUGUUUUUGUAUUUAAUGUUCAUGGAUUUUUGUUGACAGAAUAAAAUAUCAAAAUAUAUCCUUGACUCCUUUUCUUCAUCUUAGUUUAAGGGUUUAAAUUGUAGCCGUAUUUCUUUAAUA